GGCGGCGACGGACAAGCAGGUGGAGGUGGCUGCGGUUUAGCGCGAGUGGUGAGGGAGGAUGAGUCCUCGUCGUCCGCUUCGCCACACCACAGGGGCAGUUGUCCGCGGCGCGCCAAAGGCGGUGUUUGCUCCUCAGGGAAAGCUAGAAAAGGAUUUUACCUUACGAACAAUCAGACUUCAAAAUGCUGACCAAGGCUUACUCGUCAUUGGUACUGGCAGUGGACGUGCUUGUUGCCCUCAUCAAAUUCGUCCUGAUCCUUUUGGAGUCUCUGUUCCGUCUAGUUUUUCCUGUUGAGCAAAAGUCCAUAAAAAAUGAAGUCAUUCUUGUCACCGGGGCUGGUCAGGGAAUCGGCCGCGAGCUGGCCUUCCAGCUGCACAGCCUGGGAGCCAAGCUGGUGCUCUGGGAUAUGGACGGCGCCAAGUGCGAACAGGUAGCCAAGGAAAUCAAGUCCCUGGGAGGCACAGCCGCUGCAUUCUGCUGCGACGUGACCGACAGGCAAAAGGUUCUCGAACUGGCUAAGCAGGCUAAGGAGCAGGUUGGACCCGUCACCAUUCUGAUCAACAAUGCUGGAAUUAUGCCUUGCAAGCCGCUCGAAAAACACUCUGAACAAGAUAUCCGAAAGAACUUCGACGUCAACAUUAUCUCUCACUUCUGGAUGCUGGAGGCUUUCCUUCCCGACAUGCGAGCCCUGGGUCGUGGUCACGUGGUCGCCCUUUCCUCGAUGGCCGGCAUCUGCGGUCUGCCCAACCUGGUGCCCUAUUGUGGAGCCAAAUUCGCCGUCCGAGGAAUGAUGGAGGCCCUGAGGGAGGAGCUCAGGCAGGACCCCAAGAAGCCUGAAAUCCACCUGACAACCAUCUACCCCUUCAUCGUGGGCACCGGCCUCGUGCACAAGCCCAAGAUCAGGUUCCCCACCCUGCUGGGCAUCGUGUCGCCCAAGACCGCUGCCAGCAGCAUCAUCCUCGCCAUGAGGAGGAACCAGCACGAGAUGACCAUCCCCCGGGCCCUUUUCCACAUGAACAAUGUCACCAGGAUGCUGCCCCAAAAGUUUAGCGAGGUGAUGCGCGACUUGAUCGACAGUGGAUGCGACUCUCACGAGUAAAAUGCCAAAUACACGUAAAGCCCUCUAAAAGGCUGGACGAAUUUGUUCCCAUCGCAUUUUGUGUUUCACCGUCGAUGCACCAACAAAUAUUUAUUCACUCUUGUGUCAAUUAGCUCCUCGCCGCGCUAUUUGAGCCUUGAACACGGCGAAAAUAACGCGGCAGUAGGAGGAACCUUCAAGCGUGCGUCAACUUUGAGAUCUGCGACUUUUACUGGUGCAGCAAAAGUUCCUGGCUGGAUGAGGUGGGAGAGAGAUUUAAGACGAAAAUAUCUAACACAAUUUUUUGCCACAAAAUUAUUAACAUUUUCUUAUUGAUUGGAACUUAUGAAGGGUGUUUCUAGUUUUAACUUUGUAGGAAAAAGUCACGCAGAUGUCAGGAGUUGACUGUGACUAUGUGACCCGCGAUUACAACUGAAGUUUUCAUAUCUUAGCUAUAGCAUGAAUGUCGCACUUGUGUGUAAACGUAAAUUGUGCUUUUGUGUAAAUAAUUACUUUGUGAAUGUGUUGGAUUAAAUUCUAUAUUUUUUCACCUGA